UAUAAACAGUGACGACACAAACCGCCAAAACGGCGUCCACCGACCAACAACAGGUCCCCGCGACCGGCGGGGGCGCAGUUUCAGCGGCAUCCACGUCGCUAAAUCAAACUUCGACAUCUCCGACAGCAACCUCUCCGCGCGGAAUGGCUGGCUUAACCCGUCCCAUCCUGCAGUCCAUGCCGGACACGCGUCAGCAGUCGUUCGAGGAGAUCUACGGGCCCCCGGAGAACUUUCUCGAGAUAGAGGUCCGCAACCCGCGCACGCACGGCACGUCGCGCAACAUGUACACGGACUACGAGAUCGUGUGCCGGACCAACAUCCCGGCCUUCAAGCUACGGCACUCUUCGGUGCGCCGGCGCUAUAGCGACUUCGAGUACUUCCGCGACAUUCUCGAACGCGAGAGCGCCCGUGUCACCAUUCCCCCGCUCCCCGGCAAGGUCUUCACCAAUCGCUUCUCCGACGACGUCAUCGAGGGUCGCCGUGCUGGACUCGAGAAAUUUCUCAAGAUCGUUGUUGGCCACCCACUACUCCAGACCGGCAGCAAGGUCUUGGCUGCGUUCGUGCAGGACCCUAACUGGGAUCGCAACGCCUGGUGACUGCGACUUUUCGACUCGUGGACCACCAAUAACGGGGCACAAAAUCCCGGUGGCCGUCGCAUACCCAGAAAGCUGCGGAAGA